UAGGCCUGUCAUUUUUCAGUCAGCUUCCUAACCUUUGUUCCGACUGGAAAUAGGGUCAUGACGAUGGUCAGAUCCAACCAUACUGAUAAAUUCAAGUAUGUCUUGCCAAAUCACCGCGAAAUCGAGUAAGCAAUGUGGGAACCCUUCGACCCAGACCAACAGUACGAAGACUUUGGAGGAAUUUCGGAAAAUUGUGAUGCGACUUAUCGUCAAGAACAGACUGGCAGCCAAGUACAAGAAAAGAAACCACAACCGUGGUUCUAUUCAAUAUUUGACACAGUAAAAAGGUACAAAAAGGAAAUUUUCGGUGAAGAUUCAAGAACAAAAAUACGUAAAGAAAGGCUUAGGGAUUGCUCAGUACCCACCAACUACAAAUUCGUCUACGCUAGGUAUCCAGACAACACUUAUAGACCAGGCUCAAUAGUUGGCAGAAACAAAAAAUUACACAUCUUUAUUGUCUAUUUUUACCACAACAAGAGGUGUCUUUCCGUGAAGCCGGGAGACGUGAUCCUGAAGCAUGGCAAUCUGUUAGAUAGAAAAGUAUGUUUCGUUCAUCAAGGCAAAGUGAAGACUGGAACGGUUUUUGGAAAUAAUUCUCCAGCGAACCACGGGUUUCCUUCGAAAUUUUUUAUAAGAAGAAGAGGAGAAUGGUUUACGAUUAGUUAUAAAGAUGUGUAUAUAACGAAAAAGCAAAUGCUGCCGAUGUACUUUAUGUUGCCUACAGAGAUCAAGGCCGAGGACAACGAGCUGGAGAAGAACGCACCUAAUCAGAUGUUUCCUGGUUGAAACUACGUUUUUGUGACCUGUGAAACCAAUAAAUUGUCUUGAAUUUCAUCCAUCGCAUUCACUUUCACACAUGGAAGCAAAGGGAUUUUUAAACGG